AUGAUGGCACAAUCGGUGCCUCAUCCCUCGACCGACAAGAAACGGGUCAAGGUCUACGAGUUGCGUAACAACGACUGGUUUGACCGAGGCACCGGUUUUUGCACGGCUGCCUUCGUCCCGAUUGACGAUGGCCAGUCCAAAGAACCGAGGGUCAUUGUGGAGUCAGAGGACCAACCAGAUAGGUUAUUGUUGGAAACAAGGAUCUGUAGAGAGGAUGGCUUUCAAAAGCAGCAAGAGACCCUGAUUGUCUGGACUGAACCCAGCAAUGGGGUAGACAUGGCUCUGAGCUUUCAGGAAGCCGAAGGUUGCGCCCUGAUAUGGAAAUUUGUGAAUGGGGUCCAGCAAUCUUUCCAGAAUUCCAUUGGUGGACCAGACGACAGUCUUUCCGACGAUCUCGCUAUGGAUAUGCCGACGGCUAUUCAGCUUCCAGCAGCAGAACUUGGUAAUCUCGGCGAGUUAGAAAACAAUAUGCGGAUGAUGAGCUCGUCAGCAAAUGGCCGGGACGCUCUUGCUAAGUGCAUCAUGAACGAGGACUACAUUAACAAGCUCAUCCCCCUUGUCGAAAUGGCCGAAGACCUCGAAAGCCUUCAAGAUCUUCAUAGACUCUGCAACAUCAUGAAAACUAUCCUCCUACUCAAUGACACCACAAUCAUCGAGCAUGCAGUAUCAGACGACUGUGUUCUUGGAGUCGUAGGAGCUCUAGAAUAUGACCCUGACUUCCCUCAGCAUAAGGCGAAUCAUCGACAGUGGUUGAAUAAUCAGGGCCGAUAUAAAGAAGUCGUUCGUAUCGAGGACGAUCAGAUUCGGCGAAAGAUUCAUCAGACCUACAGGUUACAGUAUCUUAAGGACGUUGUGUUGGCUCGUAUUCUGGAUGAUCCCACCUUCUCAGUGCUGAACUCUCUCAUCUUCUUCAAUCAGGUUGAUAUCGUUCAACAUCUUCAAUCGAACGGUGGCUUCCUCAAUGACUUGUUUGGCAUUUUCGUCGACCCCACUGAAGAGCAGCUGAGGAAGAAGGAGGCUGUUCUCUUCAUACAGCAGUGCUGUGCGAUCGCCAAAAAUCUUCAACCCCCCGCACGACAGACUCUAUACAACAACUUCCUGGCCCAUGGGCUGCUUCAAGUGAUAAAUUUUGGACUUCGGAACUUCGAUGUAUCCGUUAGGGUCGGCGCCACGGACAUACUGGUAUCAAUGAUAGACCAUGAUCCGCAAAUGAUCAGACAAACAAUCUACCGCCAAAUCCACGAAAAGCAAUCGCCUCUUACCGACACGCUUAUCGACCUGCUAAUUGUAGAAGUUGACCUCGGCAUCAAGUCGCAGGUCUCUGAUGCACUGAAGGUUCUUCUUGACCCGAAUCCCCCAGCACAGCCGCCAGAGAGCCUAAUGAAGGCAAACCCGGAGUUCCAGGGCAGACGCCCGCAACCUCAAGUCGAUCCGAACCAGGAGCUCUUCCUACAAUACUUCUAUGACCACUCAGUCGUCAAGCUAUUCAGGCCGUUGCUUGAACUAGAGGGACGCACAGAGAUGAAGUUUUCUGUCCAGAACGAUGGCAUCUUCAGCUACCUGAAUGACAUUCUCUGCUUCUACGUACGGCAGCAUGGCAACCGCUGCAAGUUUUUUGUUCUAACAAACAACAUUGCCCAGCGCUUUGCUCAGCUGCUCUCGUGUCGCGAGAAGCAUUUACAACUCGUUGCCAUUCGAUUUUUCCGUCAGCUGGUCACGUUGCAAGACGAAUUCUAUAUCAAGCAUCUGAAAGACGUCACAGCUCUUGGGCCAAUUCUUGAUGUUCUACUACGAUCCCUACCGCGGGACAAUCUUCUUUGCUCAGCUUGUCUCGAUCUUUUCGAGCUAAUCAAGAAAGAGAAUCUCAAGGAGCUUGUCAGGCAUCUGGUAGAGACACAGAGGGAGAAGGUCGCAGCUUUAAGUUACUUGGAGACAUUCCGAGAUCUACUCAUUAGAUAUGAACAAACCCAGGGGUACACAACAAACAUGGACUCGUACUUCAUCGAGUCCGAGGACGAUGUUGUCCGCCGACCUCCCAAUGCAGGCGCGCGAGGCCUGAUGGAGCAUAUAGCUGUGGAUCCCGUCGAGGAGGAAUAUUGGAAUACGUCAGAUGACGAAGAUGAGAACGUCAAGCCCGCGAGCGGUUCGGCCUCGGUCAACGGAACGCCGGCUUCAGCGAAGCCUCUAGUUGACUAUGCAUCUGAUGAGGAGCCAGAGGAAAACGGAGACGCGAUCAUGUCACCAGCUUCAUCUGAAGAUGACAGAAUCAAAGCAAACAAAUCCGACGAAGAUGAUCAGAGUCCAAAGAUUGGCGUAAUCAACGCAAAGUCCCCGCCGGAGCGUCUUUCUGAGAAACGAAGACGUGAAGAUGAUGAGGAUGACGAGCUCGGCAAGCUUAUGCAGAACAAGCGACGCAACAGCAGUUCCGCGGGCCAUAACGCUGGCACCACAACUGCUCUACGGAAAAAGAAGAGCUUCGCCAGCAAUCGAGACUCCGGAGGGAACGGCCCGAAGAAAAUAGCUAUCAGCAUCUCUCCCGCACUGAAAGCAGCGGCUGGGCAGGGCUCCCCGCAACAAGAUGAGAGUACAUAG